AUGAAUACAGCUCAAACAACCGAAGGACAACCCAUACCUGACCAUACCAUUUACGAGAAAAUAGAUUUUCUCAAAGAAAGUGCGCUGUUGAUUUCCUUGGCUCGCGUAGAUGCAGAAAUUAAAGAAACACCAAUAAAAUCUGAUAUCAAGGAUAACAUUGCUGCAUUGAUUGAGCUCGCAGAAUGGUAUGGUCUGGACAACAUGCAGCUGGAGCAAGUCAUGGAUGUGGUGCUCGACGGCGAGUUGGAUGAGCGGGAUAACAAUAGACUUGUAAAGUCACUCAUCCCCAGGGAUAAAGUACAAGAGAUUAUGGCGAUUCAUGUAUUAGGACAUCUAGGACGAUCUCCGCCAGAGUUUACAACUCAGGCACUUCUUCUUCAAUGGGUCGUGAUCGUCUAUAAGCUCUUGGAUAGCCAUGAGGAAUUGCAACUACUGUACGGGGUAGUUUUUCAUUAUUUAGAAUUUGAUACGCUAAGCCUAGAUUUGCAAAGCAGAAUUGGGGAUGAUCCACCUCUUAUGGGUUUAUUGACAGUGUACAAGGGCUAUUUUCCUAAUCUUGUCCUGAUAGAAAUUCCGAAAUCAAGAAAAUUAAUAUUCAAGUGUCCGGAUGUCGAAUGGAAGCACAUAAUUGAUGAGGUUCAGAAAAGAUGGAGCAAUGAAGCAAGCCUCUCGACGAUGGAGUCUCAGCAGACAGCUUUGGAAUUUAGUGAGGAGCUUAGUGAGGAACUUAGUAGUGAGGAAUCUAGUGUGGGACCUAGUGUGGCAAAAAAAAGGAAAACGCGUCAUGUUGAAAUACCCCAGACACGCACCCUUGAUGUCACAGAAAAAUCAGUAACUUUAGAAGAAGUGGGAAGUUUCAAAGAUCUUGUAUCAAAUAUCGAUAAGCUACAAUUACCCUCUCAAUUAGCAGCAGUUCUCGAUAAUCGAAUGUUACAGCACAUGGUUGCAUGUAAUCCAGAUGAAACGACGAAAGCACGAAUUUCCCAUUGGCUAUAUCAAUGUAUAAUGGAGCUAUUAUACUGGAGCGAUCAAACACCAGAGACACAAGAAAAAUUAGGAGAUUUGCUCGGCAAAGUUGUGAGAAUGACCGAGUUCAUGAAAGAAUUACUUCCAGUAUUCAAUGGCUUUCUAGUCAAAUAUAUUAAAUGCUGGGACGGUAAGCUUCACCGCAAACACAUAUUCCAAUUACUUGAGUAUGUGAAGCCAGAGCCGUUUGAUGACUUUUACAGAACCUUCCUUGCACCACUAAAAAGGUUAUUCUGUGUCUCAUCUGUCACUUGGAAGGCGAGACUGCUACGAUCCUAUACUGGGCUGCUUAAAUAUUGGGUAUUUCUCUAUCGGCUCCAGGGAAGUUCUCGUCAUCAAAACAUGGAAACACAAUUAGGGCCAGCAGAAUUGGUGAAAAGCAUUAACAGACUUGUUACUUACGUAGAUCGAGUAGCACUGCUAGCUCUUGAGGUUGAAAACGAUAACGUUGAGAUCCAACAUGCGAUACUGUUAUUCUAUGAGGCCUUAUCAUCCUUGCAAUUAGAACACAGUUGGGGCAGGAUUAUUAUUCCAUCAUCUGCUACAAUCUAUCGUUGCUUCUUUUCUGUUUCCGGCAUGCCGCUAUCUAGAAUAUGCAAUGUUGUAUUACACUAUAAAGAAGCCUUUGAUCUUAAUGAUCAGCGUAUUGGCCAGAGAGGUGUUAUUCGACAUAAUCGAGAUUAUCUCAAUUAUUUCAAUUCAUUCGUUAUGGACUUGUGCAACUGCAUAUGGAGAAACAGGGCUUUCAAUAAGGUCGACCGAAAUUCCAGAGGAUUCCAGUUAGAAGACGAAACUAUCGAAGUUAUAAAAGGAAUAUGCGGCGAACAAGUUGGAUCUUCUUUCUCGCUUACACUUGCGCCUGCAUUAUCGGCAUAUUCGAAAGACUGCUUUAAGCAAUUGGAGAGAUCGUCUCCGCAAAUAACGAGAAUGCUUACCUGUCCAGUUACAUAUCCCGUUGCCAAAGAGAACGAGAACUAUGUCGAAUCAAGAAUAGCAUACGUCGAGAUUGGAAAGGGUGAUUCAGAAGACACUCUAUUCCAAGACGCACUUUUGUUUCAUUCGCAAGACAUUCAACUGACUGUUGCUCCGAAUACUUCACAAUUCGUAGGGUUUGCAGAGAUCGUUGAUGUCUCCAGCGCAACAACUACAAUGUAG